AUGUUAUACAUAUUUCUAGUGUUAAUUUUGAUUCAAACCGUUUCCGGGGCUGGUGAUAUUGAAGUUGAAUCAUCUGUUGCUAACAGGUAAAUUAUUUUCGAAAAAAAGAAUUGAACGUGCGUUUUGAAAAAAAUAAUUAUUUUAGAUCGAUUGCUAUCAAAGGACAACUUUUCUGUGGUAAGAAGCCUUUCGAGGGUGCCAAAAUCCGACUUUAUCGAGUUUUCCAAGCCAACAAGGAAGAUAGUAAGAAUCCUGCGUAAUACAAGAAAAGCAUUCCCAUUUUUAAAUUUUCAGAUCUUGCUGAAAUUCUCGACAGCAAACAAACUUAUGUAACCGGAAUGUUCCAAUUGGAAGGAAACACUGAAAAACGCGACAGAACCAAGACUGAAAUUCAACCAUUUGUCACAAUUCAUCACAAUUGCGAUAUGGACAAUAAAGAAACUGCUAAUGUAGGAUUUUCAAAGCAGAUUCAUCAUUGAAAAAUCCAUGAAAAUUUUCAGCAAGGAUACAAACGCUGGCAAGUUCAAAUUCCACAAGAUUAUGUUACUUUGGGAGUAAAGGCAAGAAAAACAUAUGAUUUUGGAAAAAUCAAUCUUCAACUUGAAUUUCCUGGAGAGUCGUAUGACAAGAAUUUCAAAUUCAAUGAUUAA